CGUUUGUUGUGAAACAAACAGCUGAGCUGACAAGCGAGAGCGAGAGACCUUUCGAUUCGAUAGCUGCUGUUACUACGUGCGAGGUCCAGGAGAGGCCUUUUCCCGCGUCCCGAGAGCCUCGAUUCGGACUCCGAAGGCGUGAUUAGCCCUUGGAAGACCCCUUACAGCGGCAAACGGCAGUGCAGGCUGGUGUGAUGCGGCCGAGUGCGUGUUGACAGCUGAGACGCAAUUCACGGACAAGAUGACCACCACCUUGGAGCACGGUUACCAGCCCAUCCAGUCUUACGACAUGGAGGGCCCCGAGGAAACCCCGCACGAAAUCCAAGUCGUGCCCGAGGGCAGCAAAAGUCGAUGGAAUCACAUCGAGGACCUGGACUCGUUCUUUACUCGCAUGUACCAAUACCACCAGAGGAAUGGCAUCGUCUGUAUCGCCCUUAAUGAGAUUUUCCAACUCGGACAGUUUGCCUUCAUCGUCCUGCUGACCACGUACCUGGCGCACUGCGUGGAUUACCCCGUCCUCUUCAAGAACAAAAUUCUUCCGAACAACACAAAAGUCGAGCUGUCGGACGUCUUUUUACCGCUAGAUGAGUGCACUGACCAAAUAUCAGGCUUCUUUUGGCUCCUCAUAUUGCUGGCUUUCACCUUUUGGUGUAUAAUGACGUUGAGAACUUUGCUCCACCUUGGCCAGCAAUGGGAAAUGAAACACUUUUACGCAUCUGCACUAAAAAUCACAGACGAUGAGCUUCAGAAUUUGACGUGGCAUCAGGUCCAGCAAAAGGUCAGAGAAGUUCAGAAAGAGCAUGAAAUGUGCAUCCACAAGCCAGACUUGUCAGAACUGGAUAUUUAUCAUAGAAUACUUAGAUUUAAGAACUACAAGAUAGCCAUGGUGAACAAAUCUUUACUUCCAGUCAAACUUCAAGUGCCAUUUGUGGGAGAGGUCAUAUUUAUGACUCAGGGACUGAAAUUCAACCUAGAUAUACUUCUCUUUUAUGGUCCGUGGGCGCCUUUUGAGAACAAUUGGCACUUGAAAGAAGACUACAAGAAGGUGGCUAAGCGAAAAGAUCUGGCUGAGACUCUUUCGCGCAGCAUCCUUUACGCGGGCAUCAUAAACCUCAUGCUUUGCCCAAUGAUCCUGCUCUGGCAAGUGUUGCACACGUUUUUCAGCUACGCAGAAGCGAUUAAGCGCGACCCUAGCUCGCUGGGCAUGCGCUCCUGGUCGUACUACGGCCGACUCUACUUCCGACACUUCAACGAACUCGACCACGAGCUCCACGCAAGGCUGACCAGGGCCUACCGGCCUGCAGCUAAAUACAUGGAUAGUUUUGUCUCGCCCCUUGGCACCAUCAUAGCCCAGAAUCUGGCUUUUGUGGUUGGAUCAAUUGGUGCAGUUAUUCUGGCUCUUAGUGCUUAUGACCAGGAUGUCCUUUUGGUUGACCAUGUUUUAACUAUUCUCUCUAUCUGCGGUCUGGUAUACGCAACUUGCAGGUCCAUGAUUCCCGACCAAAACAUGGUGUGGUGUCCAGAGACGCUUUUGACAAAGGUUCUGGCGCACGUCCACUAUCAGCCCGACAAUUGGAGAGGCCAAGCUCACACUCAUAAUGUGAGGCAAGAAUUCGCACAACUGUUUCAGCUGCGAGCUGUGAGUUUGUUGGAGGAAAUGUUGUCCCCAAUUCUGACGCCGUACGUGCUGUGUUUCCACCUGCGUCACAAGGCGCUGGACAUUGUUGACUUCUUCAGAAACUUCACGGUUGAGGUUGUAGGGGUCGGAGACGUGUGCUCCUUCGCGCAGAUGGACGUGAGGAAGCACGGAAACGCUACCUGGCAGACUUCCGUCCAUUCUGGAGACGAGCCUCUGCCCUCUGAUGCCAAUCAGUACACUCAGGCUGAGGAUGGAAAAACGGAGCUUUCACUGGUGCACUUUACUCUGACAAAUCCUAUGUGGCAGCCUCCAGCCGACGCUGACAAAUUCGUGCAAACGUUCAGACAACAAGCUCUGAAAGAUGCUGCUGCAGGCACAGUGGCUGGACAAAUGAACAACCCACUUUUUGCCUCUAUCAACUCAGUCUCUUCUCUUGGCACUGGGUACUCGACGAUAUUUUCGAGUAUUCGAGUCGGUCCCCAAGCGCAGCAGCUCUUCCGCUCGGAGAUGAUGGGCGGUCCCGCUUCCAUGUCAGGCUACUUGCCUGCCGAGAAACCCAGUAAACUGCGGGGCUGCAUCAACAGGUCUGAAGGCCCGCUUGAGGGAUCAGACAGAGGCCUGCUGUUCAGCCUGACACAGGGCAACUCGUCGCUCGGCAACUCCAUGAUGAUCCCUGAGACCAGGACUGAUAUGCAGAAUUCUGAGUUUGCAACGGCCGACAUGUGCCUGACCACUCUCUGCUUGCAUGAGAUGCACCAACGACAGGUGAGGCGUCGAGUGGGAAAUAUCCUCGAGACCAGCAACCGAUCGAUGUGGCAGCGGCCGCACCAAGACAUGCCGGGCAUCUCGGAAUUGCCCGACGAGCAGAGGUCGGCGGAGAGAUUGCCUUUGCUCAAGCCGAGAACCAAUCCGUUCAUCUCGGACGCCACCGACAACUCUUGAGACAUUUUUUGUGACUCGCCGCUUCUACAUCAAUAACUAAACUAUUACUACACGUGUUUAAUUUGUUCAAGUUGUCUAGUCUGAUGUUGGCUUACGGCUUUUUAUUCUGUAACUAACCGCGAAGGAUUCCACCUCUGUUAUUUAUUUUUGUAAAAAUGUUUUGUAAUUAAUCAGCAUAAUUUUGAGUAAAUAACGUGCACAAAACGUGGGCCAAGACGGAAUCGUGCAGGAAUAUAUACUGUCGCAUGAUGUGAUGUGUGAUUGAAUUGUACAAUUUAGCAAUCUAUUGAAUUAUUCUUAUUUGAAUAAAUGAUCGGGCUGAUUAUUAAUAUGGUAAGCACCAAAGAUGAUCGAGAUGGGUGUUUUUGAUUAACUGUAAAUAAAAUCAUUCGAUGUCGAAUAAAAUAAAAAUUAAAGAUCCUUCAAAUUGAGGAUAUU